UGCGACUUUAUUUUUGACAGUUCAUGGAGUAGCAGAGCACCAUGGAGGAACUGAAAAAUAGGGGACGAAAGAGAGAGGGGCGGCACAGGGAUACAUGGGAUCCUUUUCAGCUAAAUCCUGUUGGAGCUGAAAAAGAAAAGAAACAAACAUGUUUGAUGAUAAUGCAGCACUUCAUGGCAGUGGUUAUAGGCUUAAUGGUCUUGACCAGUGCCGUCAUCAGCAAGGGUUCUCUCCUAACACUAGUCACACUUUCAAGUCCAAAGUCCCUGAGGAGUUCUAUAGACAGGCAGUUCUACACGCUACUGUUGAUGUGCGCGCUGGUAACACCCAACCUCCUGGUGUUCCUCAAGUGUCUGUGGAAAUGCGCCUUCAAACGCUUCGUUCCACCGAACAUGAAAACCCUGGGGAUUAUUUCAGUGAUUGAGGUCCUGGUUGCACUGGGGACCGGGAUCUUGGUUCUUAUUGUGAUGCCUCAGUUUGACGUGCUCACCAACCUUUUCAUAUCCGGAGGAGUCUGCAUUGGCACAGCUAUUCUACAUGCUGUACUUCGCCUUCAGCUGGAACGCUGGAUGAUCAUCUUCCCUAUUUGCUCCAUCAUUCUAGUGUUUAUUGGUUACGGCCUGCUGGUUACAGAUUACUACGUACGAAUAUCUUCUUAUGUCUCCGACCAAAACGCAGACUGUUACUAUUAUGUUGGCCUCGCAAUAUUCGCCUCUAUUCUUAUCUCUCUUAACUGGUGGGAGAAUUCUCUACAGGCCAGCAAUAAUAUUCAGGAUAUGCUAACUGAGUUAGAUGACUUUAGAGAUUCUGUCUUUAUGAUCACCAGUCUCAUGAGGAUUGCUGUCACACUUGGGGUGUACUUCCUUUAUUAUUGCCUAAUAGCUGAGACACGCAUCGAGUGGAGUGCUUUCACAAAAAUCACAGAAAAUACCCUGGAGGUGGGACUUGGGGUGUUUUUACUCCAAGCCUUCUGUUCCGCGGCCUGUCACUGGUUUGGAGUUGUGGCCUGCAAAAUCCAUGCUGUAAGGAUGAGCUUUGCCAUGCCAGUUUCUUUGACUGGCCCUGUAACACUGAUUGUGGGCGUAAUACUUUUCCUGACCCAAGCGAGCACCUUGUCUGUAGAAACAGGGACGUCAUACUUCUCGACAGCAACAGCGAACUACACACCAAUCGACAACCCUUUUCUGAACUUUUGCGUUGGGCUUGUGAAGCUGAAGGCCUCUAAUAGCACUCCAUUGAUCCUCUUGGAACUCUCCAACAGCAUCUGCCAAACAACACUGAACAGCCAUUAUGCACUCUGGCCUUUCACCAUGCUUGCGCUUGAGGGAGUCUGCAUGUGGCUCGGAUUGAUCGCGUGUACACAUUAUGUUUGGAGCAUGGAAGUGCCUCGUAUCGAAAGGACAUCCCAGCUGUUUGUGCGGCGGAUGUACGAAUCUGCUUUCAUUGAUCAAUCUCUGCUGCUGAACACCAAAAUGAAAGUGAAGAGCCCUGAUAGCUUCGAUGAGCUCGAGAGUUGUGUCAUAUAUCUCUGUGCAACAAUGUGGCAUGAAACAUAUGAUGAGAUGCUUAAGAUCCUUACCUCAAUGUUCAGACUUGACAGGUACAGAGGUGAUCCAAAGGAAAAGCACAGUGAUUGCUUUGACUUUGAAUCCCAUAUUUAUGUCGAUGAUGCCUUCAUGCUGGAUAAAGACUCCGGGAAAAAGUUUAUCAAUUCAUAUGUGGAAGAUCUAAUAAAUGUGGUCAUGGAAGUAUACAGGGUAUUUACAAACAAAGAGCCUGAUGAAGUGUCUAUCAUUGAUACUCCUUAUGGUGGCCGGAUUGUAUUUGUGCUACCAGAGGGAAAUAUGUUAUACAUCCACUUGAAGGACAAAGGGCUGAUACGAAACAAAAAGAGAUGGUCACAGAUAAUGUACAUGUAUUAUCUCUUGGGUUGGAAGGGCUACAUAGUAAAAAAUCCCCAAAAGAUCACUAGACAGAACAAUAUAUCUCGUGCCAGUCUCAUAUCACUGGAUGGCGAGGCUUACCUCUUACCCAGCUUUGACAAUGACAGCAAAAGGAAACACAUAUCAGAUGACAACACAUAUAUCUUGGCUUUGGAUGGAGACACUGACUUCCACCCUUCUGCUGUGAUUUUACUGGUUGAUCGUCUUCGAAUGUAUGAUAAUGUAGGUGCUGCUUGUGGAAGAAUUCAUCCAACCGGAAUGGGGCCGAUGGUGUGGUACCAGAAGUUUGAGUAUGCUGUGGGUCAUUGGCUACAGAAAACAGCAGAGCAUGUUUUUGGGUGCGUGCUUUGCAGUCCUGGAUGCUUCAGCUUGUUCAGAGGGUCAGCUCUAAUGGAUGACAAUGUGCUGAAACGAUACACCACAAAGGCUACCAGGGCUUCUGAGUAUGUCCAAUAUGACCAAGGUGAGGAUCGCUGGCUUUGCACAUUGCUUCUUCAGCAGGGAUGGAGAGUGGAGUACAAUGCUGCCUCGGAUGCUUACACUAAUUCUCCUCAGGAAUUUAAGGAGUUCUACAACCAGAGACGUCGCUGGGGUCCGUCUACUCUUGCCAACACUUUGGACCUUCUACACAGUGGAAAAGAAACUGUAAAGAGGAACUCAUCCAUCUCUAUGAUCUACAUCUUCUACCAGAUCUUUACAGUAGCUUCAUCUAUUCUUGGACCUGCUUCUGUCACUCUGAUGGUAGCUGGUGCUUUCCAGUUUGUAUUUAAACUCGAAGGAACAUUGUCCAUUAUCAUAGCUGUUAUACCACCAGUUGUGUACAUGCUAAUUUGUUUCUUCACCAAAUCCAACUUCCAGAUUACAAUCGCUGCAAUCCUCAGUGUUUUCUAUGCAUUUCUGAUGACAGCUUCUUUCUUCUCCAUUAUUGGUGACAUGGUGACUGAAGGAACAUUCAUCACCCCUACUGGGAUAUUUCUUGUAUCGAUGACAGUCUUGUAUUUGGUGACAGCGAUUCUGCAUCCCCAGGAGUUUGGCAUGAUAAUCUAUGGUCUCAUGUACUUCAUCUGCAUCCCUAGUGGCUAUCUCCUCCUCACAAUUUACUCUCUGGUCAACAUGAACAAUGUCUCCUGGGGGACUCGAGAAUCCAACAAAGAGAAGGAGCAAAAGAAGCACGUGGGAGUUUUGUGCAACCGCAACUGCAAUCUCUGCUGCUGGAAUGUAAAUAUCCAAGUCACCCAAGAAACUGAAAACUUGAUGCUCCAGCAAAUCCAGCAAGCAGUUAAUCCAAAUGAUUCGUCACCUAAAACAGAGCUGGAAAUGACUGAACGGGGUGCUGAAGAAAGUGCCAUAGAGUCUCAAACAGAUAAUCAUCUUUUCAAAAACAACAGAAAUGUUACUCUGAGGAUGGCAGAUGUUAAGCAUCUGUCCAAUGACAAGGAACAAGAUACAAGAUCUGUGAACAGUACUAGUGACAUUAGCACAGAUCAAAAAACCUGUACGUCAUAUGAUGAUGAUGACGAUGAUGAUGAGGUGGAGGAUGACUUGGAUGCAUAUGAUGAUCGUGAAGAGGAGGAAAAGGAAGUUGUUGAUGAGAACGAUUGGAUUGCUCCAGUGAAAACAGUAUUCCUAAGAAAGCUUACCUAUGCAAAUCUUAAGAGAAACCUCCAAGAGCAGAUUAGAUACACCCUCAGAAACAAGGACCAGGACGACCUGUGUGAGGACCUCGUGCUCAUGUUAACUGACACCCUCAAUGAAGAGUUGAAGGACAAGGUGGGCCCGGAGGAUAUUUUGUCGGAGAGCCAGCUAGAAGAACUACAGGAUGCACUUAACGAGUCGGCUAGGAGGACCCUUAAGACCAACCGCAUGCAAAUCAGCCACAUGAAGAGGCUGGAGGCGAGAGUCAAACGGGCCAUUGAGAGAACCUUGGUGGCGCCUCAGGUUGAGAGACUAACUGAGGAUGAGACAGACUUCUGGAAUAAGCUGAUAGAGCGGUAUCUGAAACCCAUAGUUGAUCCCAAAAGCCAUCUAGAGCAAGUGGAAAGAGAACUGAAAUCCCUGCGGAACAAGGCAGUCUUUCUUUACUUCAUUGUAAACGUUUUGUGGGUCGUGGCCACAUUUUUUCUUCAAGCCAUUGGCAAUGACGUAAUCAGCAUCAAGAUCCCCAAAUAUCUGCCCAAUGGCAGUUUGGCUGAUGAACCUUUGAAGGUGGAACCUUUAAGUUUGAUGUUCUUGCUGUCUUUUGCCAUACUUCUGUUGGUCCAGUUUCUGGCUAUGCUUUACCAUAGAGUGUACACUUUGAUCCAUGUGUUAGCCUACAGAGGUACAGAAAAGGACUACACAGAAAUUGAUACAGAUGAGGAAGCCAUGAUCUUGGAGAACCAACUCGCGAAUGACCUCGUCAUAACCAGUGCUGAUCUGCAAUGAAGAGAUGAACGAUUUGAGUAUAUUUAUUUUCUUAUGACUGCACUCUUGUAAAGACACUUUUAGGGUACAAGUUUUAUUGUACUAACAUUCAGAAUGAAAAAUCCAGCUGAAAGAAUAUAAUGCAAUAAAUACUAUGUACUGUAUUUCUACUGAGAUUGUGAAGGCAACCUAAAAGAUUUGGUAUUUCUGCAGUAAUGUAGUAUACACUUAUCAGCUAUAACAUUAUGUCCACCUGCCAAAUAUUGAGUAGGUACCCUCCUUUGCUACCAAAACAGUAAUGACUUGUGUGACACCUUUCUACUGGAACCAGCCUUAUCCUUUUCCUCAAUGUGAGCUACUGUAGCUCUUCUAUUGGAUCGGACUACACAUAGGCAUCACUGACCCUUGGCCAUCCCUGACUCUGUCUCAAGUUCACUGGUUUUGUUUUUUUCAAUCGCUUUUGGUAUGUCUUGACCACUGUAGCCUGGAAACAUCCCACAAAAGCUGCAGUUUUGGAGUCACUCUAACCCAGUUGUCUAGCCUUCACUAGAUGGCUCUCAUCACAGUAGCUACAUUUUCAAUAUCUCAUUACAAUGGAAGGUGAAAGUGGGUGGGAUAUAUUAUGUAGCAAGUGAACCUUUUUUCUUCCUGAAGUUGAUGUGCUGGAAGCAGAAAAAAUGACCAAGAAUUAGGAUUUGAGUGACUUUAACAAGGACCAAAUGGUGAUUUCUGGUGAACUGGGUCAAAGCAACUCCAAAACUGCAAGUCUUUGUGUGAUGUUCCUGGUCUGCAGUGGUCAAAACAUACCGAAAGUAACCCAAGGAAUGAAAAACCGGUGAACUGGCAACAUAGUCAUAGGUGGCCAAGCCUCACUAAUGCACAUGUGGAGCAAAGUAUGGUUCAUGUAGUCUGAGCCAAUAGAAGAGCCAGUGUAGAUCAAAUUGAUGAACACAGUGCAUUAUGGUGGCAAAAAAGAGGACCUACUUAAUAUUAGGCGGGUGGUCAUAAUAUACAUUCUAAUACAAUAUAAUGUUUGCAUUAAAAGUCUUAAAGUAGUUUUUAUGUUCAGCAGAAGAACUGAAUUAUUGAACAAAAAUAAUAAAGCUAUAAGAUUAUAUAAUAAUUUACAUAAGCGCUGCCAACUCAUGUUUGUGACUAGGCUUGUCUGAUUGGUGCUGUAAACUGUAAAAUCACAGCUUCCUUAAAGUGUUUUAUCAUUAUAAAGGUCCAAAGUCAACAGACUGAUGAUUAUAUCCAACAGCCUUUUUUUUCCAAAACAUGUUCAGUGUGUUUCACUUUUACAGCAUAACUGCAGUUCAUUUACAAGCCAUAUGCCAAGGUACAACGACGAAGAUGUACUGUAAUUUCUCCAUUUUGUCUAUUGCCAGUUUAGACCGUAUAUUGCAAUUCUAUAAACUCUCUGAAUCAGUACCAAAUGUAAUUAUUGUUUAGGUUGGGGUAGUUUUUGUACAAGGGGUGUUCAAGUUCAAAACUGGAACUGCUGAUUGCAAAGAAUAACAGAACAAAGUUAUGAGAUUAUAAACUACUUUUAUCUCUCUAUAUAAUGCACUGCUACACUAUUGCACUUAUCAAGGCAGAAAGUCGUCUCAGUACACCAGAGCCAUUAACAGACUGCCUGCUUCACACCUGAAACGCUGGCCUCCCAGGAACACCUUUAAAUGUCCCAACCAUGUAGAAAUGUCUCAGGACUGUACUGGGGGACGUGGUAACUUCCAAUCGAGAUCUGACAAAUAGAAAUUACUGCUGUAAAUGGGAAUCAGUUUUAUACCUUCAAUUUAUGAGUAAAGUUUUGUUUUCAGGCGCCACCGAGAGUGCCAGCCCAUUCAGGAGCUCCAUCUAUGUGUAGUUUUUUCCAUUUUUUUUUUCAAUUGCUUGUUUGGAUUUUUUUUUUUUUUAUUUCCAGUUUGACACGAAUGCCCUUUGUACUUUAAAUGUUCCACUGCACGUCUGUUUAAAUGAUCAUUAUCUGUAUUUUUUUUGUUUCUUUUCUGAUCCAAAAGUGAUGCCAUUUGGAGACCAGACAUACCAUUAUUGUUUGUGAAAGAUAAAUUUUGUUUAGGAGGUUCAGUAAACUGCUGCUGUUCUUCUUCAUGUAAGAAACCAAAUUUAAUGAAAUUGGAUGUUAAAGUUAAAAAAAUUAUUGUUUUGUCCCUAAAUCCAUAAAAUUAUUUUUGCACUAAUAUUGACUUUCUGGAAUUGAAUAAAUGUACAUGCAAGUGGUAAUGAGUGGCAGGUGACCAAGCUGGGGAAAAUCAAAAGAGGGGAAAAAAAAAAGGAAAAGAAACAGUUCCAAAAUCAUAACUAUGAUUCGGCCUCAUGUUGGACAGGCUUUAUUGGCAAAAGUAUAUGGAAACUUUUUGGGACCUCCCAAACUCUAACCAAAAAGAUGGAAGCACAAGUGUCUAGAUU